AUGUUGAGUGUUUGCUCACAAGAUGGGUACUUCAUAUAUGUUUUGCCUGGGUGGGAAGGGUCAGCAGCAGAUGGACGAGUUCUUCGUGAUGCCAUUAGUAGGAGGAAUGGCUUGAGAGUUCCACAAGGUCAAUAUUACUUGGUUGAUGCUAGAUACACCAAUUGUGAUCCACUUGAAGAUGAAGUUGAAGAGCUUGAAGUUGAUGUUGACAAGAUGGAUAACCCCCCAAUUCAAAACUUGGACACAUCUGAUGAAUGGGCUACAUUUAGGGAUAAUCUUGCAAAUGAAAUGUUCAAUGCUUUUACUUCUAAUAGGGCUUUUACAUGA